AUGAAGAGAUCAGAAGGUGAGGAUUGCUCCAACUCCUGGAAUCAAGAGCCCAUUGGUGUAAAAAUAAUAUUUGUUUUUCUGUUGUUCCAGGCUGACUUGUUGGAGGCUCGUCUGAACAGCAGUAACAACAGCAGUAACAGCAGCAGGAGUAGCAGCAGAAGCAGCAGCCCAUGCCCGGACCAUGAGGGUGGUGUGGGCGGGUGUGGGUGGGUUUGUGGGUGGGUGUGUGGGUGGGUGUGUCUCCUCAGACUGGCACAGUUUUCUCUGUGUCUGACUAUUAUGGGCGUCAGCGCCCACCUCCUGCUAGCUACCUUGACCACGGUGCUAGUGGGACCGCCCACACCCCGCCCACGGCCGCCCCUUGCCUUCGUCUCAGAGCACCACCUGCCCAGACCUACGCCUGACAGCCUGCUCGACCUGCACGAGUUUCGUUACGUGCACGAAGCUUCUGAAACGUGUUCACCUGCACGACUCUUCUUCGUGUUCCUGGUGCACUCUCGCCCUGACCACUUCCGUCAGCGGCAGGCCAUCAGGGCCACCUGGGGUGGCCACAGGGACCUUGGCGGCGGGUGGGCGGCCCGCACAGUGUUUCUACUAGGUGUGGGCGGCGGUGGCGGCGGCGAGGCGGGAGAGGGCGGGGUGGGCGGCGGCAUCAACAUCACGCAGGUAGUGGAAGAGGAGUCUGGGCGGCACGGUGACCUAGUGGUCGGCAGCUUCACCGACCACUACCACAACCUUACCUACAAACACGUCAUGACGCUGCGGUGGGCGGCCGCACACUGCGCCCACGCUGUCUACCUCAUUAAAGCCGACGACGACGCAUUUAUAGACGUACCAGCCCUGAGGGCGCUGCUGGACCGCACUUUCGCCCUUCCACCUCCGAAACGCACCCUAGCAUGCAAUGUCCUACCAGCGGGAACCGAACCCCAACGUUCGGGUAAGUGGGCCGUUAACGAAUCCGACUAUCCCUGGUCCACCUAUCCACGGUACUGCGCUGGUUUAGCCUACGUAGCGACGCCAGACACGGCUGACGUGUUGUCCCGGGUAGCGGAGGCCAGAGUGUCCACCAGGAUAUGGGUGGAUGACGUCUGGGUGACGGGGUUGUUGGUGGAGUCGCUAAGAAUUCAACCACAUUAUCUGAACCUCAGAUAUUCCUACGAUCACAACGACAUGGCUGCCUGGACCGGUCGCGCGCGUCCGGCUUCACCACCACCGUAUAUCUUCGCCCAUUUGGAUCCGGCUUGUCCUGACUGGUGGCCCACUUUACGAACCCUCUGGAGGCGUGCUAUCACCGCCCACCAGCUGGCUAUCACGCCCACACACACGCCCACCACCAACUCAUCUCACGACAGAUAACCCAACCUGCAUUCCACGUGAGGCACUGUUUUGCCCGUCCGGAAAGAGCAACGUUUAUCCAGGUUUAUCCUAGAGGAGGACCAACCUAGCAGUUUAUCCUAGUAGGAGGAAACUCUCACAUGCGUCCCGAGAUGUUUCCCUCAACGGGUAUAGUGAUGGUUAAGUAUUGAUAAAGCGGGUCGUUAAGUCUUGUAAAUAACUUCUGUUGUCUGGACAAUAUUACGUCGUUUUAAGUUACCGUGACCGCCAUGAUUGAGGCUACACUUACGUGUCAUUUAACACGUGUCUAAUAACACGUGUCUUCUAACACGUGUCAUCUAACACGUGUCAUCUAACACGUGUCUCCAAGGGGUAACAGCAGCAGCAUUACCGUGGCCUCUACCCUCAUAGAGUCAAGGCUCAACAUCUGGAGCAAACUGUUAUUUACAGAGCACGUUUCGCUCUGUACAGAGCUAUACUAGGAGCGAGAAGUAGUCUAGAAAUCAGUGUUUAUACUGAUCACAGUAUUUACAGCCCUUUUUGUGCGCAUUAAGAGAGAUAUUGUAAGAGUCUCCUGGCGCUACACUGACUGGAUUUAAUACACAAUAAUUCACUAAUUUGUAAGAAUUUAUAAUUGAUAAAACAUCCUGUCAAAACCUAAAUAACAGUAAGAUUGUGUCUAAAUAACAAUAAGCUUGUGCCAAUCUUUUAGACACAGGAAUCAAAAAAUACAAAAACUCCGGAUGUAUUCAUAGAACAGCCUAAAAAAUAUUUUAGCCAGGAAUGAAAAUACACUUUUUAAAACCCUCCAAGCCUGACCAAGUUGCCUUUUUGGUUAUAUAUUUGUAUAUAUUGUAUCAUAUGUAUAGCGUGAGACGCAUAUUCCGUGCCAAACGUAGAGGAUUUUUUUUUAAUUGUUUACCAUUGUCUGCCGCCAUGUUCCUGCGUCCUUCGGAGGCGUCAGGAUAUUUUACCUUUUUUGCAGAAAGAUUGCUUGCCUGAGUCAAUUUUUCACAUUACUGUAAUUUCAAGAAAAUUAAUGUUGGUCAAAUAUGUUAGUUUCACUGCUGAAUUUUG